AUGGCGUCCGAGGUGGUCUGCGGGCUGAUCUUCAGAUUGCUUCUUCCGAUAUGUUUAGCAACAGCUUGUUUGUUCCGGUACAAUGGGCUAUCAUUCGUCUACCUCAUCUACCUCCUCCUUAUUCCCCUUUUCCCUGAGCCCACCAGCACAACCAUGCAGGGCCACACGGGGCGCCUGCUCAUGUCCCUGUGCUUCAGCAGUCUCAGCUUCCUGCUCUUCCACAUCAUCUAUCAGAUCACUGUCAACAGUCUAUUGGCCAGGAACAACAUAGACCCCGCCUUCAACUGUUCCGUGUGGGAGAGAUCCAUACGACAGAUCGGCUUUGAGAGUGUGAUAGGUGCAGAUGCAGGGAACGGUAUCCGUGUGUUUCUCCCUGACGUAGGGAUGUUUCUAACUGGUCUGGGCUGCUGGCUGUUGUGUCACAAUCUGGUCCAAAACAGACCACCAGAGGACGUGGUUUACGACUUCGAACCGGAGGAAGGGGUGGAAGAGGAAGAUCUUAGCCUUGAUGACAAUGUCCUGUUGGAUGAAAACUUUGAGGCUGGGUACGAGGCUGGAGAAGAGGAGGAAGAAAUGGAGGAGGAGGAAGAUGAGGAGGAAGAGGAGGAGGAAGAAGAGGAAGAGGAGAGCACCAAGAUGAAGAUUCUGGGUUGCGUCGCUGCCGUGGCGUCCAAAGUGAAGGAGAUCAUUGGGAAUCUGAUCACCACCGCAGGGAAAGUGGUGGUCACCAUACUACUAGGGCUAACAGGUAUCACGCUGCCCUCCCUGACGUCUGCGGUCUAUUUCUUCGUGUUCCUGUUCCUGUGUACGUGGUGGUCGUUCUGUCGGACCUUCGACACCCUCAUCUUCAGCUGUAUGUGUGUCCUCAUGGCCAUAUUCAGCGCUGGACACCUGGUCGUCCUCUACCUCUAUCAGUUUCAGUUCUUCCACGAGUUCAUCCCUCCAGAGGACAGCUACAUCAGUCUGUUCGGCAUCUCAUCCAUCAUCCAGACUGACUGCUCCUCCACGUGGAGGAUGAUAGUUAACCCUGAUCUGGCCUGGCACCACUUUGUUAACCCCAUUAUGCUGCUGCUGCUGUACUACACCCUGGCCACUCUCAUACGCCUCUGGCUCCAGGAACCUAUAGAGGAACCUAUAGAGGUAGGUAACACCCUGGUAUCUCUCAUACGCCUCUGGCUCCAGGAACCUAUAGAGGUAGGUAACACCCUGGCCACUCUCAUACGCCUCUGGCUCCAGGAACCUAUAGAGGAACCUAUAGAGGUAGGUAACUCCCUGGUAUCUCUCAUACUCCUCUGGCUCCAGGAACCUAUAGAGGAACCUAUAGAGGUAGGCAACACCCUGGUAUCUCUCAUACUCCUCUGGCUCCAGGAACCUAUAGAGGAACCUAUAGAGGUAGGUAACACCCUGGCCACUCUCAUACUCCUCUGGCUCCAGGAACCUAUAGAGGAACCUAUAGAGGUAGGUAACACCCUGGUAUCUCCCAUACACCUCUGGCUCCAGGAACCUAUAGAGGAACCUAUAGAGGUAGGUAACACCCUGGUAUCUCUCAUACGCCUCUGGCUCCAGGAACCUAUAGAGGUAGGUAACGCCCUGGUAUCUCUCAUACGCCUCUGGCUCCAGAAACCUAUAGAGGAAUCUAUAGAGGUAGGUAACACCCUGGUAUCUCUCAUACGCCUCUGGCUCCAGGAACCUAUAGAGGUAUGUAACUCCCUGGUAUCUCUCAUACUCAUCUGGCUCCAGGAACCUAUAGAGGUAGGUAACAACAUAGAGAUACAACCCAUAGACAGGAUAGGUAUCGACAUAGAGAUACUACCCAUAGAGAGGGGGUUGGUUGCAAAGUCCAAGGAGACGUCUUUUGACUACAUCUCCACCCUAGACUCAGUGGAAAAUGGACCGGUCCGUCAGGACCUGUACUCCACCCCACAGUAUGAAAUGGACCAAAUCAAUAACAUGACAGGUGAGUUGUACUAGAAGGAUGAAGGAAAGUAUGACUUCAGUCCAACCCUGCGAGGAGAGACUUCUGGGAUGGAGGGAGCGGAGGAGGAACAGGAGGAGGAGGAGGAGGGCAGAGUGACUGCUGUUGUAACCGUGUUCAGGUUCAUUAUGAAGCAGAGCUAUGUCUGUGCUCUCAUAGCCAUGAUGGCGUGGAGCAUCACGUAUGUUAGCUGGCUGACGUUUGUGUUCCUGAUGUGGUCGUGUAUGUUGUGGAUGGUGAGGGACCGUCGUCGUUACACCAUGCUAACCUCUCCCUUCAUGGUGCUCUACGGGAACCUGCUCAUUGUGCUGCAGUACAUCUGGAGCUUUGAGCUGCUGGAGCCCGUGCCUGGACUCUUCCUCAAGAUGGACGUGCCCUUCAGGCAGCUGGGUUCCAAGAUCCUAUGCCUGUUGAGCUUUUGGCUGUUGCUGAUACAGACUCUGACAGAGAGACAGGAGGAGCAGAGAGAGGAGGCUGUUGUACUCACUGACGUACAUGUGGAUAACCAACCCAAGAAGAAGAAGGAGGAGGAUGAGGAAGGAGGGGAGCAGGACAUCAUGCAGGUUCUGGGGAACAUGGUGAUGGAGAUGCUGGUGAAAUACUGGAUCUAUGUCUGUGGAGGGAUGUUCUUCUUCGUCAGCUUCGAGGGACGCAUGGUCAUGUAUAAGAUCAUCUACAUGAUGCUCUUCCUCUUCUGUGUGGCGCUCUAUCAGGUGCACUAUGAGUACUGGAGGAGGAUCCUGAAGUACUUCUGGAUGUCUGUGGUGGUCUACACCAUGCUGGUCCUCGUCCUGGUCUACACCUUCCAGUUUGAGACUUCUCUACCCUUCUGGUCUAACAUGACUGGCAUGAGCAAAGAGAAACUGAAGGACCUGGGGCUAGAACAGUUCUCCGUAUCGAUGCUCUUCACACGUAUCUUCAUCCCCACCUCCUUCCUCCUGGUGUGUAUCCUUCACCUUCACUACUUCCACGACCACUUCCUGCUGCUCACGGACCUGAAGGAUGUGUCCCAAAAACAGGACAGCACCAUCUACAGUAAUGCUAAAGUCAAUGGCCGUGUGUAUCUGAUCAUGAAUAGCAUCAAGGAAAAAUGUUUUCCUCCACAGAGCAAAUUGGUACACCAGGAUGGAAGCCUGGCUGACAUCACCAUGCUCUAUUCUGGAGGAGGAGUGAUACGGGAGGAGGACGAGAAGGAGAGAAACCUGAUGAAGGAGAAGAAUGGAGGGAUGAAGCAGAAAGGAGGACUCAGUCAGUCUAUAGACCCGUGUCGGUCGUUCAACAAGUCUUUUGAGUCCAAAUCCAGUUCAGGGCCGGGGAAGAGUGGCGACUGUAGUGUGGGAACUGAGCCAGAGCCCUCCACAGAACACACUACCUCAGACCUAAUGAAUAAGUGGCCCCUGGUGGUGGACCGUCUGACUGUGCUGUUCCUCACGUUCCUGGAAUAUUUCCACAAGCUGCAGCUCUUCAUCUGGUGGCUCCUAGAGAUGCACAUCGUCAAGAUCGUCUCCUCGUGCAUCAUACUGGUCUCUGUCAAGGAGGUGUCCUUGUUUAACUACGUGUUCCUGGCGUGCUGGGCCUUCGCUCUACCCUUCGGCCAGUUCAGACCCCUGGCCUCCAGUAUCUGUACAGUCUGGACCUGUGUUAUCGUCGUCUGUAAGAUGUCGUACCAGCUGGAAUCUAUACAACCUGCCUCUUACUCCAAGAACUGCUCCAUGCCAAUGAACUACACAGAGAAACAGAGAGAAGAGAUGAAAGACUCUCUGCUGUACAAGGAGCCAGUAGACCCUUCCAACUGGGUCGGUCUCAUCAAGUUCAACCCUCUACUGGAGAACCUCAGGAACAACCUGCUGAUGUUGGCCAUGCUGGUGUUUGAGGUGACCAUCUACCGUCACCAGCAGUACUACAGACUGAGGAACAAGCUCACCGCGCCCGCCGCUCGCAUCAUCUUCCAUGACAUCACGCGGCAACACCUCGACAAUGGCAUUGGCAACUGCGCCAAGUACUUCAUCAACUACUUCUUCUACAAGUUUGGGCUGGAGACAUGCUUCCUACUGGCGGUGAAUGUGAUUGGCCAGCGUAUGGACUUCUAUGCUGUGCUGCAUGGCUUCUCUCUGAUAGCCGUGAUGUACAGACGUAGGAGGAAAGCUAUAGCUGAGAUCUGGCCUAAAUACUGUUGUUUCCUGGCCUGUCUGCUAACCUGGCAGUACUUUGUCUGCAUCGGGACACCACCUGCAGCCUGUAAAGACUACCCAUGGAGGUUCCCUAACUCUACAAUGGACUCCAACGUCAUCAAGUGGCUUUAUUUACCUGACUUCCACACCAACCCCAACCCAAUCUUUCUCGUCUAUGACUUCAUGCUCCUCCUCUGCGCCUCACUCCAGAAGAGUAUAUUUGAAGAGGAAAACAAGGCAGCUGUCCGUCUCAUGGCCGGAGAUAACGUGGAGAUCUCUAGAGACCUAGACGCAGCCUCUUUCAGCGUCCACAACCCUGUCCCCGACUUUGUACAUUCCAGGUCCUACCUGGACAUGCUGAAGGUCAUCACGUUUAGCUACCUGUUCUGGUUCGUCCUCACCAUCAUCUUCAUCACUGGCACCACCCGUAUCAGUAUCUUCUGUUUGGGCUAUAUAGUGGGAUGUUUCUACUUCCUGCUGUUCGGUGGGGAGCUGCUGCUCAAACCAAUCAAAAAGAUCCUCCACUACUGGGACUUCCUGAUUGCCUAUAACGUGUUUGUGAUCACCAUGAAGAACAUCCUGUCUAUCCUGGCCUGUGGCUACAUCAAUGUCCUGGUGGUCAACAACUGCUGGCUGAUCCAGCUCCUCAGUCUGGCCUGCACCAUCAAGGAGUAUAAGGUCGUCACCAACAGAGACUUCACACCUGCGGACGAGGGUAAGAAGUGUGAUCUGCCCAGCGACGAGGCUGGGAUCAUCUGGGACAGCAUCUGCUUUGCCUUCCUGCUGUUGCAGAGACGCGUCUUCAUGAGUUACUACUUCCUACAUGUGGUGGCUGACAUCAGGGCCUCACAGAUACUGGCCUCCAGAGGGGCCGAAUUGUACCAGGCAACUAUAGUGAAGGCAGUCAGAGCCAGACUGGAGGAAGAGAAGCAGUCUAUGGAACAGCUGAAGAGACAGAUGGAGCGUAUAAAGCAGUGCCAGGAGAAGUUUAAGAGAGGGAAGAAGAUGUUGAGCCAGGAAGAGAACCUCCUCCUUCCACAGGAGUCUGGAGACAGAGAGAACCCCAUCCAUCUACAGGAGCAGCAGGGUGAGGGGGAGCGGGAGGAUGAGGGGGAGGGGAGAGAGAAAGAACAAAAACAAGAACAAUCUAAGACUAAAAAAAAGCAGUGGUGGCAGCCUUGGGUUGACCACGCCUCCAUGGUGAGAUGUGGAGAUUAUUACUUGUUUGAAACCGACAGUGAAGAAGAGGAGGAAGAGAUGGAGAGAAGAGAGGAUCUACUGCCUCCCAAGAAGUCGGCGUUUCAGCAAGCUAUUGGGAAGUUUGCCUCAGCCCUUAUAGCUCUGCCCAGAUCUAUCAUUAAACUUCCAAAAGCCAUCUUUCAGUAUGUAAUCAGGGCAGCCAAGUUUGUCUACCAUGUCUGGAUAACAGACUCCAAGACAGCCAUGAAGAAACGAAGCAAAGAGAAGCACAAGUUCUGGAAGAGAUACACCAAGAGAGACAAACACAAAAAGGACAAGAUGGAUGGUCAUGUGACUAUAGAGUUCGGAGAGACAGAGGAGGAUCAGAAGGGAGGAGAGGAGAAGAAGUCUGAUGGACCAGACAACGUCUUGAAGCGAGUGUUCAACAUCAUCAAGUUCACCUGGGUGUUGUUCCAGACCACGGUGGAGAGCUUCACCAAGUGGAUGAACAACGUGUGUAGAGAACACAUAGACAUCUCCACCGUGCUGCGCAUUGAGAGAUGCAUGCUCACUAGAGAGGUCAAAAAGGGUAAUGUCCCAUCCAGAGACAGUAUCCAUGUGUACUACCAGAAGCAGAUGCGUAUACACACGUCGCAGGGCUCCAGUCUGGACCGGCUCAUUGAGGAGGACAGUGUGUCCUGGUCUCACAGGGUCCGUAGAAGGAGAGGCAGCUAUCGUAUGGAGAGUCAGGACUCCAUUGUAUCUAUGGCCUCCAGGGAUAGUAUAUCCAGUGCCUACACUGAGGCCACCAUGCUGUUCUCCCGCCAAGACACGCUGGAUGAGCUGGACGGAAUGCCGUCAGACGUUCCCAUUCCCAGAACCAGCGAGCGUGUCCGGCCCAAACUCUGUAACAUUUACGGCCUGGACGCCUCCAAGUCGACUGACAGCAGCAGCAGCCAAGUGUCCAGCGAGGCGACUCAGUGCAUCACUCUCUAUUCACGGCAAGGCACCAAUGACACCAUCGAGGAGGUGGAUGACGAACAGGACCAGGGGGAGGACAGGCAGAAUGAACCCUUGGGACCCUCACAUCCGGAGACAGAGGGGGCUGAGGGAAGCCCCUGGUGGAGUGGUGGUGAUGGAGUGACCACUGAGGAGGAGGAGAGGGACCAGUGGGAUCCAUGGGAGACUCCAGGCCCAGUGGAGGUCCCCUCCUUCAGGGUAGACGGUCCAACUUCGACCUUCCUGGCCCUUCGAUCAGGGUCCCAGGACUGUACCACUGACAGUGACGAUGGGGGUGUCCGGCAAGAGUACCGGAACACAGAGGAGCCGGGCCGGGCGGGUCAGCUGGACACCUCGGAUGCUCCAAACACCUCGGACACCGACGUGCCUUCCAGCUACAACAAGGCGGUGAGCUUUGACCGACUGGAGGUGAGUGAGGAUGAGAGCGACAGGGACGAUAAGAGGAUGAUGGCGAUGACCCCAGACACCAGCCGGUCAGACUAUCUGGACGAUCCCCUGCUGCCCUCACUGACCACUGAGCUGACCGCCAGCGAACUGCUGCUCAACAAGAUGUUCCAUGAUGAGGAGCUAAAGCGAUCGGAGCGGUUCUAUGUGGGCCAGCCCCUGGUGUUCCAGUUGGUCUAUGCCCUGUAUAACAUGCUGGUGGCCCACUCUGAGAUGGUGUGUUACCUAGUCAUCAUCCUCAACAACAUGCUGUCAGCCUCCUGCGUCACCCUGGUCCUCCCCAUCCUCAUCUUCCUCUGGGCCAUGCUGUCGGUGCCUAGACCCAGUAAGAGGUUCUGGAUGACCGCCAUCGUUUAUACCGAGGUCGCCAUCGUCAUCAAGUACUUCUGCCAGUUUGGCUUCUUUCCCUUCAACCAGAACCCGAAGGUGAAUGGGAAUAAACCCUACCACCCUCCAAACAUCAUCGGAGUGGAGAAGAAAGAUGGAUACGUCGUCUAUGACCUCAUACAGCUUCUGGCGCUCUUCUUCCACAGGUCCAUCCUGAAGUGUCAUGGUCUCUGGGACGAAGACGACCUUAAGGACACCAAGAAGGAGAUCCUUCACCAGGACACUGAGUCGAAGGAAGACGAGAAGGAGAGGGACGCCACCCCCGUGCCGUCCUACCCCCGCGAGAGGAAGGGGUCGACACAGACCCUCAGGUCUAUAAAUCUGGGCGUGGGCACCUCCGUGGACUCCAUGCACUACCUCCAGCAACAGCAGCAGACCUACCAGAGAAGAAAGAGCUCCAGUGGAGGGUCUCAUAUCUCCCACCAGUCAGUCCACUCUGUACGCUCCAAGAGAGGCAGCACCAACUCCAGGAACAGUAGCCGUAGAGAUUGGAGUGAGGUGUCAGUGCAGCAGAAGACCAAGAAACAGCUGAUCAUGGAGAAACUCAAAGAACAGAUGAUCAAAGCCAAGACCUUCACUAUCAAGAGGACCAUGAAGGUGUACCUGCCCAUCCGUCUGUUCUUCUACAACCUGCUCCAUCCAGAGUACAGCGCUUUGACAGAUGUCUAUGUCCUCAUGUUCCUGGCCGAACCGUCGACUUCAUCAUCAUCGUCUUACGGAUUUUCUGCUUUUGGGAGUACAAACACUUGGAGCCGACUUACGUCGUCUCUGUCGGAGGACCAGGUUCCCGGAGCCUUCCUGGUGAUGAUUCUUAUCCAGUUUGGGACCAUGGUGGUGGACCGGGCCCUGUACCUCAAGAAGACAGUGCUGGGGAAGGUCAUCUUCCAGGUGAUCCUGGUUUAUGGGAUCCACUUCUGGAUGUUCUUCAUCCUGCGACUCUCUGAUAGGCGUUUCAAUGAGAACACAGUAGCCAAGCUGUGGUACUUUAUCAAGUGUAUCUACUUUGGGCUGUCAGCCUAUCAGAUCCGCUGUGGCUACCCCACCAGGGUCCUGGGUAACUGCCUCACCAAGAGCUACAAUUACACCAACCUCUUCAUGUUUCAAGGGUUCCGUAUGAUCCCGUUCCUGUCUGAGUUGCGUGCGGUGAUGGACUGGGUCUGGACCGACACCUCUUUGUCUUUAUCCUCUUGGAUCUGUGUGGAAGAUAUCUACGCUCACAUCUUCGUCCUCAAGUGCUGGAGGGAGUCAGAGAGGAGAUACCCCCAGCCGCGGGGCCAGGCGAAGAAGCCGGUGGUGAAGUACGGGAUGGGAGGGAUGAUCGUCAUGCUCUUGAUCUGUAUCAUCUGGUUCCCUCUACUCUUCAUGUCUCUGAUCAAGUCUGUGGUGGGGGUGGUCAACAGACCACUGGACGUCUCUUUCUCCAUCACCCUGGCCGGGUUCCAGCCGAUCUUCACUAUGAGUGCUCAGCAGAACCAGCUCAGAGAAGUCUCCAAACAUGACAUCCAUGGCACCUUCAUGAGCUCAUACCAGUCCUAUCCUGAAGCGAUGCGGUGGUUGGAGUACUACAUGCCAGAGGAUCUGACCAUAGCUGAGUUGGAGGGAAGCUCAAACAGUCUGUGGACCAUCAGUCCUCCCAGUAGAACUAACAUCAUGGAGAUGCUCAGCUCCAAGGAGCAGUUCCCCAUUACUGUAGCUUGGUCUAUCCAACGGAACCUGACUCUGGGAGCGAAGGCUGAGUUUGCGACUGGGAAGAAAGUGACGUUCCUGGAUGAUGCAACCAAACUGGAGCUGAGCCUACUGCUCAACGGGACCAGACGAGACAGAGUGGUGAUAAAACAUGUCUUCCCGCGGUACCUCCGAGCCCCUAGUGACUCCGAGGCCAAGCCAAUAGAACAACUGUAUAAAGAGAAGGUGUACAUGAGCAUCACUUUGGCGUUGGAGCGUUCCCAUAACGACUCAGCAGAGGUCCAGGAGUGGUGGAUCGUGAACCAGACAGAUCCGGGACAGAUCAGCGUUCGUAGGCCCAAGCACCUGUACGACGCUGGGCUGGAGCUCUAUGUCUUCAGUGACCAGGUCAGCCCUCCUAGUCUGGGUUUCCUGGCUGGAUACGGGAUCAUGGGUCUGUACGCCUCCGUGGUGCUCGUCAUCGGUAAGUUCGUCCGUGAGUUCUUCAGCGGUGUCUCCCACACCAUCAUGUUCGAGGAGCUGCCCAACGUGGACCGCAUCCUGAAGCUCUGCGUCGACAUCUUCCUGGUCCGAGAGACGGGAGAGCUGGACCUGGAGGAAGACAUGUACGCUAAACUCAUCUUCCUCUAUCGCUCGCCUGAGACUAUUAUCAAAUGGACCAGGGACAAGACUCAGUGA